AACAACAAAAAAAUCGCCGAGCGCCUGAUGAGCAAAAGAAUCGUUAUUUCUCAUACUACGAUGAACAAGGUUUUCGAACAAUAUGGGCCCGAGAGUGAAGGGAAUAGUUCGCCUGUAAAGCGCCUUCGAAAUCAGUCCCUACCCAAAGUGCGCACCAACUCCCUUAUCGCCAAGCCAAGAAAAAUCUGUUACGAGCUUAAGGGAUCCAAAAAUCCCGAAAAUUUGACGAAAUUUUGUAACGUUAAAAAAUCACAGGGUGUUAUGUUUGUCGCCGGAAUUUCGUAUCGCGGCCCAACAGCAACCCGGUUCAUUCCUACUGCUGCUAAAGUAACCGCCGAUUUCUACAUUCAAAACGUAAUGAAGCUAUUAGCGCGAGAAAACUUCCCCCGCCUCUAUCCAGGCGAAGAAAAGAAGGUGAUACUGCACCAGGACUCCGCUCCCGCUCAUGCUACCAAUAAAACCUGCCAGUGA